AUGAACCACAACCAGCGAUUCAUUCGCACGCUGUGCUUGCUUGUGCUAUUGACACAAAAUAUCUGUGUCAUUGAGGCCGCGGAAAUCACGAGAGAAGGCCACCGCACAGAUGCGAAUACUACCCGUCAAAUAGUGGAGAAACUGAAAGAUGAGAAGUCAAACUUAUUAAACGUGUUAGCCGUUCCCGUAGCCAACCAUGACACUCAUCAUCACCCAUCUCACGACGAACUUGAUCCUGCUCUGCCCGGCAAAGGUGCAGCUGAAGAAGAGCAUCACAAUUCGCUAUCCAUCUUCCUAGUCCUUGUCCUGCUUGGCAUCUGCAUCCUUGUUGCAGUCAUCUUUAUUGGUGCUUUGGUGGGGCUGUUUCUGAAGCUCAUGUCGUAUCAGAAUGUUGCAGACUGGGCCAAAGAAGCAGCUUUUUCUCCAACAAUAUUUUUCCUUGUUCUACUGCCACCCAUCAUCUUUGAAUCAGGCUACAAUUUACACAAGGGCAACUUUUUCCAAAACAUUGGAUCCAUCACAGUAUUUGCUGUGUUUGGUACUCUUAUCUCAGCUAUGAUAGUGGGCAGUGGAGUUUAUCUUUUAGGAUUGGCAGACAUUGCUUACAAAUUAAGUUUUAUCGAAAGCUUCGCAUUUGGCUCGCUGAUCAGUGCAGUGGACCCUGUUGCAACACUAGCCAUCUUUCAAGCCCUGGACGUCGAUCCGGUGUUGAAUAUGCUCGUGUUCGGAGAGAGUAUUCUAAAUGACGCUGUGGCCAUUGUGCUGACGACGACAAUCCUUGAAGUCGAUUCUCCAGAGUUGCAUAGCAUGAGCGGUGGCCAGCUAGUGUUGCACGGUGUCGGCCGCUUCUGCCUUAUGUUCUUCGCUUCGGCUGCCAUCGGAGUGGCCUUCGCCCUGGCUACCGCUUUGAUAUCCUUUUAA